CUUCCGGUAAAAUGGCGGAAUGACAACGACCGCAGCCUUUACGCUGAAUUAUUUUAGAGGAUUUAUGAUCAAUCCUGAAUUGUUGGGGUAUUUAAAAAAAUGGCAACUAGUUUAAGAAGAAACACAUUUACUCUUAAAGGAUCUGAUCUUCCACCAUCUCUUCAACCAACAUCAGGGAUGGAUCGUCAGAAUAUCAUGAGACUGAAGGUGAACAGAAUUGCAAUUGUACAGGAACUGAAGGUUGAGCACAUCCUGGAUCAGCUGUGUGAUGCCAGGAUUCUCAACCUGAAAGACAGGAAGAAGAUAGAGAAAGGAACAACCCCAAGUGACAGAGCACGAAUCCUCAUUGACAUCCUUCCAACAAAACCUAAAGAUUCUGACUGGUACAAGUGUUUCAGAGAAUCUUUGCAGAAUCCAGAUGCAAAUGUUGAAUUUCGAAAAAGGUACAGAGAUCUGGUUGAGUUUCUUGACAACACAGUCAUCCAUCGGCCUGCCUCCCAGGCGAGUCGUUUCAGUGAUAUUGAUAAAAAGGUAGACAGUCUUCAGUACCCAAAAUACGAACCACUGCCAGCUAUCACCGAAAAACUAGGAACACAGAAUAUUUUAUACCUUGAAGGAACAAAUACAAGCAGCGUCCUGACCGAGAGUGCAUGCACCGAGACUGAGAAGGGCACUCAAGACAGCAAUUUAAGUAAACCUGAAGCAGAAGAUAAGACGUCUGUGUGGAGUGAGGACAGUCCGGAGUCUAUGACACUUAUCAAAGGUUUCUUCCAUCAAUGGGUUCCAAUUCCGGAUAACUUCCAUUCCUUGAUUGAAAUUCCAAGAGAACAGGUAAAAGAACUGACUGAGUCGAGUGAGCCAGAGGAUCAGGAGCUGCUUGAGACAGAAAAAAGAGCCUGUCAGAAGAUGAGGAAGCUCGAAGUUGUUGCUGCACUGAACAGAAGAAAACAGCUGCCAUUAGGAUUUGAAAUUGGCAUGUGUGAUGCUUUUCAGGAAUUGCUGGCUGAGCCAGAAUUGUAUCCCUUUUAUCUUAAAUAUUUCAGACAUAUCAAUAUGAGUGGUGUGAAUAUAAUUCGAGAUAUUGCAAAUUCGUACCACUCAGUGCUUGAAGCGUUGGAGGUAGCAAAAAGCACAGAAGCCACUAAACAGGUUAUAAGUACAGGAUUGAAGAUAGUCGACCUGUUCAUUGACUUCAACUGUCUUGCUGAGGCUGAGGAGGUGAUGAGUGGUCUGAUUCGCUUCCUCAACACAAACCCCUGUAUCGAAACAUGGAUGGCAAAGUACAAGGGCUACGUUAAGUUGAUGCAUCUGCGGAACAAAAACUAUGAUUUUAAUGGCAGCCAGCAGGCGUACUUCUGGUCAACUGAGGUCACAUGGGCCAUCAAGAUGAUGUCAUUCGGACAGGAUUUUAUUGAUGAGUCGGGGACAUUUGUUGGACUUAGUUUCAUGCUGUUGGAAACUGGUUCUUUGACACCUGCAAGUGGGUGGGCAAACAAGGCAUUGAAGGAAGUGGAGCCUGACGACACGUCCCAGGUGAUAGAGUGUCUCUGUAAUGCUGUGAUGGUAUGCUGUGCCUCGUGGCAGGUCAACAAGGCGGAGAUGCUGGCAGUGCAGGCUGUGCAGAUGGCGAGAUCAGUGUAUGGCAAGUACCAUCUCCUCCACCUGAAGGCGUUGCUCCACUACUGUCAUCUGUCUAGUGAGUUCCUGCAUGGCGAGGAGGGACUGCAGGCAGCUAAGGAAUGUUUGAGCAUCGCUAUGAGGAUCUACAGCUGUGAGACAAUCCAGAUCGCGCUGGCACACCGUGCUGUGAGUCGGGCUCUCAUGGCCACCCAGAGGUUUGAUACUGAUGACUUCUACUUCCACUCCAUGGAGGCAAUCCGCAUCGCUCGGAGUCAGCUGCCACAGGGACAUCCCAUGCUUCAAAUGUUCCUCAUUACAUUUGCCUCAGCACUGCAGUGGAAAUCUCUGAACUGUUCCAAGGAUGAGCAGGACUCCACACUGAGGUGGGCCGAGGCUGAAGCUAAGCAGGCCCUGGUGAUCGUGUCCACCAACUACGGAGAGAUCAGUCUGAGGUCCGCCCAGGUGUACUCCCUCCUGGGGCAGAUAUACUCCAAGAUGAACAGUCAUCCCGACUUGGAUGCAGAUUUACUGGACGAGGCGGAGAAGCACCUGGAGCUGAGCAUGUCGUACAUGCGUCUGUGUCAGAGCCCCGGCAGCAACUAUCUCCUCCUGGCCAUGGCAACACUGGCCACCUUCUACAAGAUCGUCAACAAACCCACCCAGGCUGUGCCCCUACUGCAGCAGGUCAUUGCAGCAGUCGAGUCACCCGGGUUCUACCUCCGCUGGGUACACAUGUGUUACGACAACCUGGUGAAGCUGCUCCAGUCUGGGGGACAGAACAAGCAGGCGGAUGACGUGCAGAAGUCUCUGUCCCACUGGCUACAGGAGAACCCAGCCCUGGACAAGCCGGUCAGUCCGGACACUCUCCGACAGAAGCCGCCCCUGUACAAGGAGUUCCUGGAGAAGUAUUACAAGUGGGGUGCCACUGUGAAGAAAGCCCUGCUGGGAUUUACUGCAGGGGAUGGCAACUAGAGAUAUCAGGCAACACAAGGAGGCAGCAGUUGUUCUUUCCAUCCCCAUGUCACCGCAGUGGAUCGAUGUUAGACAAUUAUGAAGAAUGACAGUUUGAUACUUACCUAUUUUUCCUUCUAUAUAAUAUAUACAACUCCAAUUUUGAUAGGAAUUGAUAUACAAAACUGAUUUUCAUAAUACAUCAAGUGUUUAUUUAAUAGAAUGACUUAUCUGAUUAUCCCUAUCAAAAGUUGAGUAGCAUGCAUAGUGAGAAUUCUUAAGAAAUUUGGAUUAUUGUCUAAAUUAUUGAUCAUUCAUUAUUUGUUAUUUUGAUAUUUAAAAAAAAUAUUUUAGGGGGUAUUUCUUUUCCUCACUAUAUGACUCCAAGUCAGUAGAAAUAUUUUAUGCAAAAUUCAUUGGUUUGCAGCUUGAAGUCAAUUGUACACAAAAAUACAAGCAUCAUCAGCAACAGACAUUGUAUCAAAUUUGUUUUGUUUGUUGAAAUUGUAUUAAUGCAUUGAAUUUGUUUUGAUUGUUUAUAUUUGCAGUAUGUUUGUUGUCAUAGAUCCUGUUUAGAGGGAAGACAUCCUAAAUUAGGAUGUACAGGAAAUAUAUAACACAAGGACAGAAAUGAUUUUAUCAUUAUGCAGUCAAUAUGUAAAUAGACACAUUAUGAGGACUAUGUACAUGACGCUAUCUUUCCGUACAGAUGUAGCUUAGUCUGAGCCCUCAGGACAAGAGCAGUUUUAUGAUGAUCUCCUCGCUGUGUCAGUGUUAUGUGUAUAGUGUUAGAAGUAAACUAAAACCCCACUAACCUGCAAUUACCGGUACAGUUGAGUGUCUACUUAUGUCAGUGUUAUGUGUAUAGCAUUAGAAGUAAACUAAAACCCCACUAACCUGGACACCUCAGUUUCCAGACAAUUACAGUUGAGUGUCUACUUAUGUCAGUGUUAUGUGUAUAGCAUUAGAAAUACACUGAAACCCCAUUAACCUGGACACCUCAGUUCCCAGACAAUUACAGUUGAGUGUCUACUUAUGUCAGUGUUAUGUGUAUACUGUAUAGCAUUAUAAAUACACUGAAACCCCAUUAACCUGGACACCUCAGUUUCCAGACAAUUACAGUUGAGUGUCUACUUAUGUCAGUGUUAUGUGUAUAGCAUUAGAAGUAAACUCAAACCCCAUUAACCUGGACACCUCAGUUUCCAGACAAUUACAGUUAAGUGUCUACUUCUAUGAUGGACAUUAGUCCAUAGCAGUGAUUCAUUAAGCCAAACAGUUUUUCCAGAUUUCAGGGGAAGUGGUACUGUCCUGAUUGUCAGGGUUCCACUGUAUACAUCAGUGUUACAGAUCUCUUCAUUUAUCAUAUGUGACAUCAAGGCCGUAGUUAACUUUUUUUGACUGAGGGGCAAAUAUUUGUACAAGUAUCACUUGUCCCGAACUUGAUUCAAAUAAAACUGUUUUCUAUAAAAAUUCUAGGGGGGCAACUGCCCCCCCACCCCCCUUGCCUCCCCGGCUAUCUAUGGCACUGGACAAGUUAAACACUAAAUACUGAUGCUGGGUCCUUUCUACAGAACAGUCUUUAUUUUUUUACACUGGACAAUAUAGUCCACUAUACAAAACACUUUUUAUAUACAUGUCAGUGUACAAAGUGCCUGCUGUGUGAGAAAUGUUUAAGAGUAUGAAAUCCCUCAUCACAUAUAGUUACGAGCCAAAAACAUAUUCGCACAAUGAAGACAAUAUAAAGUAAAACUUAACAUAUUUGCUCAAUCUGUGUACCUAUGUUAGUAAUUUCAAAUAUUGAAAACGUACCAAGUAUUUUUCUAUGUUAACCUACACAGAUGAGACAAUAUGUAAUCUGUACAUGACGGCAUCCUUGUGUAGACCUCCUUGUUGACCAGUAGACUCACUGGUAUUGCUUUGAUGUGAUAUUACACUGUUUGAUUUAAUGUGAUAUGAGACUGUUUGAAUGUGUGCACAGAUUAUCAGCAUUACCUAUGAUUAUCAAAUAUCUUGUACUGCUUUACUUGUUGAGUAUAGUACAUUGCGAUGACCAUAUAUUGAUUGUAAUGCAAACUGGUGCAUCUGUUAUCAUUGUUGCACUGGUGAUGUCUGUUUCAUCAUGAAGAUAGAUAUAUUCCACAUAAUAAGCGCCCUGCUCUAAUAAGCGCCCACGGCGAUAUUUGCUCAUACACGUAUAUUGGCUAGUGAACAAUCCCAAUUAGCACCUCUUCCAAAUGAUCAAUGUACACUUAUUUAUUCGUGUAUAAUACACACUUUUGUGUUAUAUGCACCCUUAAUAAUGGGCAAUUAAAUCCUGGAAAAUAUAUCUGUCGUGUUUAAUACGCACAGAUUUUUCUUUUGUAUCAUUUCAGGCUGUCAGGAUAAACGACAAGGUUUACGAUUUUUCCAUUCUGUUUUUUUCUCACCAAUAUUAAUUUCUAAUAAGAUCCCCCUAUUUCUAAUUUUGAGAGCGCCCAGGGUGUAUUACGUCAAAUAUGGUACAUACACUCCAUGAGCUGCAUGUAUUUGCAGAUUUCUUGUACGGAUGCACGAUUCGGUGCAUAUGUGAUAUGCGUCUGACAAUACAAAACAGGAUAUGCUUACUGAUGUAUCAUUUCAGAUUUUAAAAUAUCUAAUGAGAAUAAAUGAGGUUUUUCAAUAACCCGACCCGAUUACGAACUACACUCCCUUAAUCUACCUGGGUGCUGUUGUACAAAACAACCUUAGCGCUACGACUGUGGUAAGUCUAUGUUAAGGUAUGGGAGUUACUUUAGCGCUAAGAUUGCUUUGGAAAACGCCACCCUGACCAAUACUUUGUAGCUUCCUGUCUGACAAGAGGUCAGUGCUAUUAACCAGUUUGUGUUGGCUUGCUUGAUCGGUUAAUUUAGGCAAGAAUAUGUUAACUCUCGGCCGAACUUGAAAGAUGGAUAAAUGCUGAAUGUAUGAAAUGCUGUACAACAAAAAAAGUGGAAUAAUAAAAAAAAAAUAUUAAAAAAAAUAUGUUAACUAAUAAGGCAAGCCAGCACAAAUUGGUUAAUAGCAAUGGCCUUUUGUCAGACACACUACAAGGAAUAUGGAGAAUUCCAUCCAAAAUGCACCAUAUCACCACAGCGUAUUGUAAAGGUGGUGUAUUGGGGGAUACCCCGAACUUCUUAGUCGUUACUUCUGCAGACAGGCUUUUGUUCUACAAAUUUGAAAAUAUAUUCAUUGCACCUAUAAACAUUCCAUAUGAAUUUGAGCUACAUUUCCUCAGUGAGGAAGCACUUGUUUGAUGGAUGUACAUUCCGUCCUAAUUGUGUACAGCACUUGCAUCCUGUGAUUACGAGCAGUAAAAUCGUAAAACCUCAAAUAAUACACUGGUUUUAUGAUUUAUUGAUACAGGCUCAUCUUCAAAUAGUGUAAAUAUUCAUAAUGAACAUGUUAUGACCACUGUAAGUAUAGUCACCCAGUUGUCAUGGAUACUAUCCCAUGCACCGGCUGCAGUGUUUCACUUGGAGGAUUUCCAGAUAAUGCCAUGUGUGUCAUGGAUGUAUUUGAUGAAAGAGUUCAAUUUUUCAACAUUCGUUGAUCGGUUUAACUUCAGUGGACAAGCUAAAUAACUGCUCAGGAUACAAAACAGUUGUGACUAACAAAAGGAUCAUAAGCUCUCAUGCAUUAUCUUGUGGAUUACAUCAUGAGAACUAGGGCAGGGACGGGUUAACUCAGGUACUCGGGUCGGGUGGGUCCUGAGUAGGACCCGGGUACCCACAGAACUACCCGGACCAGUGGUUAGUCACCCAAUAUUGUUUCACAACAAAAACUCACUCGAUUGGUUACACUACAAGUCGCUAAUGUUCUCAUUUCUUUUUGACGAUGCACACAUUCCUUUUGACUUGUAUAUGUUUGAAUAAAGAUAAAGCUUCUGUCAACUUAAGUGUACCCAUGAUCUGAUUGUUUGAUACAUAUAUCUAAAUAGGCCAGGGCUGUGAUAAAACAAUCCCCAUUUAGACAUUUUAUUCCCAACUCUUGAAACCUACAGCGUGUACCCAGGUAGGGUCGGGUAUAUGGGGUCAGGUACCUGGGUGGUAAAUUUGGACUCAUCCAAGCCCUAAUGAGAACAUAUAGUCCAUUGCAGCAAGUCAUGAUGUUGCCUUCUUUGUUGCCUACAACGUGCACAUGCAGAGAGUAUAUAGUUCACUAUUGAGUCACAUUUGUUGAAUCACAGCAUUCUUGUUGUCAGCUUGACUGGGCUCCUGUCAACACAUAUCAACAGUGGAACCAGUUUCUGUCUUAGCGUGUCACCUAGCAUUCCUGGCGUCAGCUGACAAAGAGUUAGUUUGAAAGUUUCAGUAUAUAUAUGAAUAAAGAUCAAUGUUUGACUAAUAUCUAGUCUCUGAAAUGAACAUAUUUUACUAAAAAAAAGUUGUUAAAUUAUGGUUUUUAAAUAUAACCAAAAAGAGACCAGACCCUUUUUUUAGUUUCAGACUCGCCAAAUAUUAUAGACUUGCAUGGGUUGUAUUGGAUAUAUUUGUUUCAGGGUCGGUAUGACAGACUAGGAUCAUUGUAUACUGUGAUGUUUGAUAUCCAGAUUUCUUACUUCAUGUUAUUGUCAAUGGUCAGUAUAGAUUGUGCAACUUUUACAAAGUAUUGACAACAUUAGUGAUGUCAGUUCGACAGAUUAUUGCCAUAAAUAAAUAUAUUUAUAAAUGAAAA